GUGAUGUCAUCAACAUGCGACUAAAUGUCCUGUGUGCUUGUUUAGCCGGUGGGACUGACUCACAUGGGUUAUGUAAAUACAGUGGGCAAAUAACUGCACUUUAUUCAUGUAAUUUAAUUAACUGUAUUUAUUAAGAGUGAAUGAUGCAUCGUGUUUUCUGCUCGCGGUGGGUUUUAUCCGGGCUGUCAGUGACAGCUGGCAUAUGCAUCGGUGCCACCUUGACAGCAACCGGUGAUCGCCUUAACAAAAACCUCGGCGGACUGCUGGACCGCAUCCCGGUCAUCCCGAUCCCGAGCGUCGACGCAGCGUCAGAGAUUAGCCCGUACCAGCCGGGACAGGUCGCUGUAAGCAGAUCCACAGCUGUGAUGAAGUACGGCUUCCCUUCCCUUUCCAGCAUCAAGAGCAGAGAGUCUUACGUGACCUCAUACGACCCCAGAAACAGGACCGCAGCCUGGGUCAUAGAGCAGCUCAACGCCGAGACAGUAACCGGGACUUCGGACAGAAAGUUCUGCGAUUUCAAAGAGGACGACUCGGUUCAUGUUUACCACAGAUCGAGCAAUGCGGAUUACAAGGGCAGUGGGUUUGACAGGGGUCACCUGGCCGCAGCAGCCAACCACAAAUGGAGUCAGAAAGCCAUGGAUGACACCUUCUACCUGAGCAAUGUGUCACCACAGAAUCCUCAUCUAAACCAGAACGCAUGGAAUAACUUGGAGAAAUAUUGUCGCUCACUCACCAAGCAUUACCAGAAUGUCUUUGUGUGCACUGGACCACUCUACUUACCCCGACAGGAACCUGAUGGGAAAAUGUAUGUGAAGUAUCAGGUUUUGGGAAAGAACCAUGUAGCCGUGCCGACUCACUUCUUUAAGGUGGUGAUUCUGGAAAAGCCAAGAGGAGACGUGGAGCUGCGGUCCUAUGUGAUGCCCAAUAUGCCGGUCGAUGAGAAGAUUCCACUGGAACGCUUCCUGGUUCCCAUCGAGAGCAUCGAGAGAGCGUCUGGACUGCUGUUCGUACCAAACAUCAUGAAGAGGACCAGCAGUCUGAAAGCCAUUACUGCAGGCUAGUGAGGAGUUUAGAGUGAUUACUGAGGGGGAAUGGAAAAUACCUCAAAAAGUUUCAUUAUUUCACUGUCAAGCAUUUAUAAAGUUAGCAGGGAAAUUAUUUAAUUUUCAAUAUAUGUGGAAAGACUACUGAGAGAGAUAUAUCAGUCACUGGCACAGGCUGACAGUCUAAUGCUGUAGCCUGUUGUUUAAUAGGGGAGAUUUUUGUAUCAUUACUGUUUUUAGAUGUCAGCCAAUAUGAUUUUUAACCAAGCCAAAACUCUGUGUGAACUUAGAUUUUAAUUUCAACUGUGAAAUGUCAUUUGUACU